AAGGAGUGAUGAUGACACCUGACGCAGACACAUGGUGCAUUUGAUGGAGGAGCAGAGUUUGAUGGAAUGCACAUGUAGGACAAGUAUGGUACUUGUGUGGUUUGAUCGUAGGGAUAGCAGUACACCGGUACUGAAGAGAUUACUCUUGGGUAGGAAAGAGAGAAACCAAAAAAAUAAUCUGGUUUCUCAGAAAUUACCAAUAAGACCACACAGGAAAUCUAUAAAGACCUUCGCGCCAAGGAGGUAACCACAUUCAAACUCCUUGAAUUCAUCCACCUAGCUAUAUCAUCAUGCACACCGUUGCUCAAGUCCCUGUUUCCCAGAACAACUGCAGUUCGGCCAGCUGCUCGUGCGGCAAAUCCGAGUUAGUCCAAUUUGCGUCGAUCCAGACUUCCGCAUCUUUGAACAAGAUCUACGUAACACCUCCCCAGCUGCCUUGGGACCAACGUGAUUUGAAGGUGUUUAUGGAUCUGGGGCCCUGUGAUGUCUCGCAAGCAGGUCAGCAACUUGACUUAGAGAUGGUGGAGGGCACACAGGUGUACGACAAGCUCAAGAUAUGCUUAUAUAUUGUGAAUGGGUGGAUGGGUGGUGCUAUUGUAAGAUACACCAGCGAUGUUGGCGUGUCAGCAUGA